AUUGGGGUACCUCUUUGGAGAGGGAUUUUGAACCAGUUGAUUCGAGUGAAUCGGAUUUUGAUUUUAUUUUCUGAAAUUUUAAUGAUUUAUUUAAUUGAAUUGGAUGGACCAAUUUAAUCGGUCUAAUUGAUGAAAUGAUGGUUUGAUUGGUUUGACAAUCAAAUUGGUUUUGGAAACCUUGGUCACGAGAGAAGACAAACCAGAGCUCUAAUCCCAUACCAGUGUCCAAAAAUAGUUAGCUUUGUCUUCUUUCAGCUGAUUGGUGUAUGUUUCGAUGUUAGUUAAUGUUACACCAAUUGUUUUCUUCAUUUCAGUUGAACAAAGGAGUGGAGAAUAUUUAAAGCGUAUGUUUAAGGCAAUUGACUUUGACUUGUUUAUUUCAGUCUUGCCCCAAGUCCACAACCUUGCAGGACUUGCUUAGAAAUUUUUGCAUGAUCGGUUAAGUCUGCUUCAAGCGUUUACUUCAAUCAUCCUUAAUAAAACCCUGACAGCUUAAUCUACCAAUAUCGGAAUCAUGAACGUUUUAAGCAUUCAACUCCGUGACAGGAGCAUUCAUCAUUUUAAUAUACUCUGAAAAUCAUGCAUUAAGCUUUGCAUAUCUGCAGGGAAUCAUGGCAAUGGAUCUUUCAUUGCAGUUUUUGUUCUCUUCUUUAGUUACAGCGUCCCUUGUUACUCUUACCGUUGCUCAAGAACAGCCUCUAUACCUAGACCACUCUUGUUCAGAGUCAGUUGGUAACUUCACCAGAAACAGCACUUAUGAGACCAACCUCAAUCGCCUGCUUUAGUCUUUCUUCCGAACCACAACACAUGAAAACGGCUUCUACAAUUUUUCAUCAGGCCAAGGCUCCGACAUGGCAAACGCAAUUGCACUUUGCAGAGGAGAUGCGAGCUCAAGUGAUUGCUUCAACUGCAUCAAUAGCGCAAACGCUGAGCUUAGAGAUCGCUGCCCUAACCAAAGAGAGGCAAUUAUAUGGUAUGACUAUUGCAUGUUCCGCUACACAAAUCACUCCAUCCUUGGUAAAAUGGAAAUCAACCCUAUUUUCUACAAGUGGAAUGAAAAUAACGUGAGGAGUGUAGCUGCUUUUAAUCAGGCGCUGGGUUCUUUAUUUAACAACCUAACAAAUAUGGCUUCAUCGGGGACUUCGCUUGGAAAGUUUGCAACUGGAAACACACGAGUUGGACCUUCCCAAACAAUAUAUGCGCUUCUUCAAUGCACUCCUGAUGUCAAACAGAUUGAUUGCAGCGCUUGCUUGUCUCAGGCCAUUGGACUUAUCCCGGAAUGCUGUAACGGAAAACAAGGAGGCAGGGUAGGUAUGGCUAGUUGUAAUAUUAGGUUUGACAUUGAACGAUUCUAUAAUCUUACUGCUGCUGAUAGUGGUACAAUGCCAACACCAGCAUCCUCACCCUCAUAUUCCCCGCCCUCAAACAAUACAACAACAACAGGAAAUAAGAGUAAUUCAUCUCAAACUACUAUUAUCGUAUCUGUAUCUGCUGUUUCUUUUGUUCUACUUCUAAUUUCCAGCUGCGUCUUCAUCAUUUCAAGGUUGAGGAAGCCAAAGCUGAAACCUCAAAAGCAUGAAGCAACUGAAGCAGUGGAUGAAAUCAUAACUGAAGAGUCUUUACAAUAUGAUUUCAACACCAUUAGAGCUGCAACAGAUCACUUUUCUGAUGCAAAUAAGCUUGGCCAAGGUGGAUUUGGAGCAGUUUAUAAGGGCACACUUGCUGGUGGAAAAUUAAUAGCAGUGAAAAGGUUAUCUUCAGAUUCUAGAGAAGGAGACUUUGAAUUUAAAAACGAGGUUCAGUUAAUGGCCAAUCUUCAGCACAGGAAUUUGGUUAGACUCCAAGGUUUCUGCCUUGAAGGAAAAGAAAGGCUUCUCAUCUAUGAGUUUGUGCCUAAUGGAAGUUUGGAUAAAUUCUUAUUUGAUCCAGUUAAGAAAGUGUAUUUGGAUUGGGAAAGACGAUACAAAAUCAUAGAAGGUGUUGCUCGCGGACUUCUCUACCUUCAUCAAGAUUCUCGAGUAAGAAUUAUUCAUCGAGAUCUCAAAGCUGGCAAUAUAUUGUUAGAUGCAGAGAUGACGCCCAAAAUUGCAGAUUUUGGCACGGCAAGGUUGUGUGCUGUCGAUCAAACUCAAGGUGCUACCAGUAGAAUUGUGGGAACAUAUGGAUACAUGGCCCCUGAAUAUGCAAUGCAUGGGCAAUUUUCGGUUAAAUCGGAUGUUUUCAGUUUUGGUGUAUUGAUUUUGGAGAUUUUAAGUGGUCAAAAGAACAAGGUUUUUCAAAAUGGGGGUGAUAUAGAACAUCUUCUAAACUUUGCAUGGAGAAAUUGGGAGGCUGGGACAGCAUUUGAUCUUGUAGACCCCAGUUUGAGGGAUGGAUCAAGAAGUGAGCUAAUGAGAUGCAUCCACAUUGGGCUGCUUUGUGUUCAAGGAAAAGUAGCUCGGAGACCAAAUAUGGGUGCAGUUAUUCUAAUGCUUACUAGCUACUCUGCCACUCUGCCACUACCCUCAGAGCCUACAUUUUUUAUGCACAGCAACGCUCAAUCGGAGGUGCAGCGGUCGCAGGACUUAAAUUCAGGGGCAACAGGGGCAACAAUAUCUAGUCGAUCUGGAAAUGAAAUUGCUGUAGCCUCAGAAAAUGAAUUAUCCAUUACCGAGCUGUAUCCAAGAUAGCAAUUUGGUCACAUUUAUCAUCGAAAAGCUAGAAUGGUUGAAUAUUUGUCAGAGCACGAUCCCACUAUCCAUCGAUCAAUUUUGGUAGCUUUUGAAUAUAUUGAAAUGGUUAUAAGUGUCAUGUAUAGGGUUGUGUGUUAUUUUGGUAUAAUUUGAUUGUAAUAAGGUUUUAAGUGUUGUUUUAGUGAUUUGUUUGUUUUUGAAUGGUGCCAAGUUCAUUUUAUUUAUGUCUUUUGAUGAAGACUUGUAAGAGAUGAGUAUUCAUAUGAGAUGAUAGUAGUUAUGCAUACUCUCAUGUAAGUAGAAAGGAGAAGGUUGUUUGAUACGUUUGUGAUAUGGUCAUUUGGUAUGUAUAAUGUAUGCUAAGGGAUAGAAGUUAUAUUGUUGAAUAGGUACAAAGUCGAUUAUAAUUGUUGUACCUAUUGUUGUUACAUUGGUUAAAACAUAUAGAAUGAUUGAUUUGGUA